AUGGACCACCCAGAUAUUGAGCUUUCAUCUUAUAGUGGCAUAAAGUCUGACUACACUCUCAGCAAAUAUUCAACGUUUUCUUUUCCUGAGCCAGACCACUUAAAGCCGGUUCAUUAUCCUCAAUGCUCUUGCAAAGCUAGCCAGAAAACUUUUUCUAACUCCCCCCCUUUAAAUUGGAACAAAAUAUAGGUAAAAUUUCCAUUUUUUUGGUAAAUUAACCCUCUUUAAAUUGGAACAAAAUUUAUUUUUAUAAUAAAAAUUUAUAGAUAAAAAUCAUAAUUUUUAUGUAAAAAGUUUUGAUAUAAAUUAAAUGAUUCUUAGUAGCUAAAAUUAAAAAUUUAGUUAUAUCUUGCUUUUGCUUAAAGAAGUAAGUAUAAAGAGCAUCUUAUUUAAAUAAAUUUAUUAUCCUUAAUUGCUAAAAUUUUUUUUUUGAAAAAUUUUUAUUUUUUUUAAAUAAAAAAUAAUAUUAUUUUAUUUUAAUAAUUUUGAUAUAAAUUCAAUGCAAAUUCUUUACAAAAAUUGAAAAUUUACUUAUUUCUUGCUUUAUUUUAAAGCAUUGAGUGUAAAUAGCAUCUUAUUUAAACAAAAUUAGCACUUUGAUCGAUAAAUUUUCAAAAUUUUUUUUAUCAAGAAAAAUAAUAAUUUUUGUGUAAAUAGUUUUGAUAAAAUUAAUAGUGGCGUAUUAACAAUAAAAAAAAAUUCAGUUAUAUCUUGCUUUGCUUUAAAGGAUAAAGAGUAAAUAGCAUUUAUUAAACAAAUCAUUAAUCUAAUUCGAUAAAUUUUUGAAAUUGUUUUGUUUUAAAUUUUUAUAUAAUAUUGUUUUUUAUAAAAAAUUUUUAUUUGAUUUUUUUUAAGAAAACAAUUUUCUUAACCCCCCUUUAAAUUGGAACAAAAUUUUUUGUUCCAAUUUAAAGGGGGAGUAAGAAAAAAUUGAAUUCAUCCUCUUACAAUCCCGAUAUUGUUGAUUCGUGUCCAUUUGCUAAACAAUGGACUCAGCACCUUAAUAUGCCUGAAAACGGAAAAGAACUUUAUACGACGUUGAUCCAGAUUUCACUCGAAACACCCAGCCUAAACUCAUCAGUUCGACAAAUUGAGUUAGAUGCCAAUAGAACCUUUCCUGAGAAUGAGUAUUUUACUGGAGGAGAUGGGAAAGUUGUGCUAAAAAGGCUUCUAACUGCGUUUUCAAAAUACAACCAAACAAUUGGUUAUGUUCAAGGAAUGAAUUUCAUCGCUGCGACGCUUCUUUGGCACUCAAAUGAAAUCGAUGCAUUCUGGCUCUUUGUAGGGCUGACUGAAGAUUAUGAUUUAAGGGAAAGCUUUUUGACUGGAUUUCCAGGGCUUGCAAAGCAUUGUCAUAUUUUGGAUUUCUUAAUGAUUGAACAGCUUCCAAACUUAUAUAGCCAUUUUGUUCAGAAUGGAGUAUCAGUUCAAAUGUUUGCAACUGAUUGAUGUUUCUAAAAUAAAAUGGUAAAAGCUUAAUUUGAUAUUAAAUAAAUGUUUUUACAGCAUGGUUUUGCAUUGCUUGCCAAUGAAAUAUAUAGUCAGCUUGCCUAUAAGUUUAUAUUAAUUAUCAUAGUUAAAUAAACAUUGAUGUUUUACUCUUUUUACCAGUCUCGUCCCUAUUGAAGAAUCACACUGGAUUUUUGGAAAAUUUUUUGAGUUAAAAUGAACGUUCUUUUACAAGCUAGUAAUUGAAAUUCUUGAUAGAUUGCAAGAAAAAUUAUUAUCAUGCGAUGAUGUUGUGAAUAUUUUGACACCUCUGAAGCCUUAUCAAAGUUCUCCAAAAAAUUGGCGACUUUUUGUGAAGACUCUCCAAAAAGGAAAAGAAAAGCUAAACUGGCAAAAAUUGGCCAAGGCAGCAGAAAAGAGAGAAAUUGACGAAAAAGGGGUAAAUACACUGCUAAAUGAAGCUUAUAAUAGGAGUUCACAUAAUGACACAGGGGAAGAGUACUUCAAUAAGCCUGUAUAA